AAGGAAAGAUGUGAUGAUACCCUUAUACUAUAUUUCUGUGAUUUUUGCACAUUAGUCACUUUAUUUAAGACUUUUUUUUAUUAAUAACACAUAUAUAUGUAUAAUUUGUAUAAAUUCUUAAAAAAAAGUAAAGGAUUUACACUCAGUUCUUUGUGCAUAAUUUUUUAUUUUCCUAUAUGCUUUACAUAAAAUGGUUGCAAAUUUUAAAUUAGUGACAGUCGACAGUGAAUUAUUAGUUAACCUGUAAAUUUAUAUUUAAUUAUUAAAAUUAUUAUGAAGUCUGGAAUUACAAUGGAGCACAGAGGGUCUGUUCUUUUGAAUGCAGAAGAGAACAAGCAAGUUUUUGAACUAAUUGGAAAUCGUUGUUUGUGUUUAGCAACUGGUAUAAUUCAAUUGUACCUGACAGAACCUCCAACACAUAACGAGUGGCUGAAAAGAAAUACUGGAGUAUUAACAUUAAUAAGGGACAACCCAAAACGAAGUUUUUUCCUAAGAUUAUAUUGCCUGCAAAGGAAAGCCAUGCUUUGGGAACACGAAAUCUACAAUGCCAUAGAAUAUAAAGCUCCUGCUCCAUUUUUCCAAACAUUUGAAGGAGAGGAGAGCAUGAUGGCCUUCAAUUUUGCAAGUGAACACGACGCAUUUGUUUUAAGGAAUGCACUGGUUGGCAUACUUGAAGCGAAACGACAGAAGAAGCAAAAACGUGCAUUAAGGUCUUCAGAAGCAACGGAUAGCACAAAAUGUGAGCCACCAGUAGAGUUAUCAUCGUCGUCUGGAAACUUAUUCAAUGGUUCUCCUUUGACUACUUCUCUUAAUAAAAGUAUAUCAAAUAGUUCUGUAUUCGAAAAAAAGAAAAAACAUCGAGAAAACGAAAAGAAACGUAAAUUAAGAAAAGAAGAUAUUGGCCUUCCUCACAAUUUCAGACAUGUUACUCAUGUCGGAUGUAAUGCUGACAGCAAGCAUUUAGAACUGGAAUCAAUUGAUCCCCAACUUAAAGAAGUAUUUACCACCGCUGGUGUGUCUGAUAAUCAAUUAAAAAAUCCAAAAAUGAGAGAUUUCAUUUAUGAUUUUAUCGAUAAUCAUGGUGGAGUGCAAGCAUUCGUGAAAGAAAAUGCUCUACUGAAUGUUAAGAAAAGUGAAGUUCAUGAUUCUAAACCGCCAAACGCCUUAGAGCCUCCACCACCCGUACCUCCACGAACUACUUCUGCUGUUAUGUUCUCGUCGUCUAAUAACGGCCAAACACGAACAGCUCCACCAUUACCUCCGUCAAAAACAUUAUCUCCCGCUACACCAAAUGCUCCACCAGUUCAUAAAGUAUUACCAAUGCGUCCUCCUCCCCCCAACACAAAUUCCGCUGCAUUUUUCCAACCAUCUCAACCACCGCCACCACCUCCUCCUCCACCAUCUUUAAAAGAUGCUACUGCUGCCUUUUCGAUUCCACUGCCUCCUCCAUUACCAAUUUUCAACGAUGUUGAAACUUCAACUGAAAGCAGUAGGAAAGUCGAAAAUGAAUCAAGUAGCACAAGAAAUAAUAUCAGUCAAGGUGAAGAUUGCCGAUCGAUGCUCAUGGAAUCUAUAAGGAGUGGUACUACGCUCAAGAAAGUCACUAGAGAAGAAGUAAAACCGAAAGUUCAACCAGAUUCAAGGAACGAUCUUUUGUCUCAAAUUCGGCAAGGAAUCGAGCUGAAGCCGGUUUCAAAUGAACAAAAACGUUCAACUGUAUCAGUUCCUCAAGAUGGUUUAAUAGGAGCACUUUCAAGAGCAUUGGCGGAACGAUCAAGAGCUAUACACAGUGACAGCGAUGACUCCUUUAGUGAUUCUAGUGAAGAAGAUGAUUGGGAUGAUUAGCAAUAUAAAAUUAAAUUAGAGUAAUUUAUAGUCUUCCGUUCAAACUAUACUUUCUUUUAACAUAAAAUGUACUUUAAAAGUUUAAUGGGUAUGUAGAUCGUGCACAAUUGUUGAAAAUUGUAAAUAAUUUGACAAAUGAAAAGAAUAAAUGAAUGAUGAAGUCUUUUCUAAAAAAAAA